UGUCUUGACAAUUUUUAGACUGUUUUGUAUAUUUUUCGCGCGUUUUCAUUUCUUGUCACUUGUCACUAUCAUCGGCUAUCGUAUUUAUUAUUCAAUUUAAAUGUAAUAUGAGUGAUUUGGACUUGUAAGCAGUAUAUUGUAGAUAUAAAUUAAGAUUGGGUUAGGCUUAAUAUGAAUAAAAUAACCUCUAAAAGGAGCUGGGCUGAUGAGAUGGAUGAAGCUCAGAAUGAGAAACCUAAAACAGGAAAAGGUGGCAGUCGUGAAAACUCAAACAGCAGAAAGAAGUCAAAACCAAACAAUAAGGCUGAUACUGACAGUAAACCAUGUCCACCAAAAAAGCCAUUAGAACUGGAAACUGAUCCCCUAAUAUUACAAAGACGACAAAAACAAAUUGACUAUGGAAAAAACACAGUUGGAUACCACAAUUACAUUGGCCAAGUGAAAAUGGAUGAGCGCACAAAAGAUCAUCCAAAAACACCUGAUAAGUUUACUAAAUACAGCAGGAGGUCAUGGGAUACUCUAAUUAGAAUGUGGAGAAAAAAAUUACAUGAGUAUGAUCCAAAUGCCAAUUCAGAUAAUAAUGACGAAGGGGAUGAUGAAAAUCAAGAUGCUGGAAAUUUUUAAAAUAAGUUGCGGACUCAGGAGUGACUUCAUAUCUAUCAAUAAAGAUUGAUGAAAGAUAAUAUUAACAAAACUAGUAUAAGCAUAUAUAAAUAAGUAUUAUAGUAGCUAUGUACAUAGCUUUAAGGUUUACUACAUAGGUUUGUUUUGUUUCAA